CUUAGCCACACUGAACCCUUUUUUUUUUUUUUUUCCUUUCUUUCAAAUAAAAGUUUCUAAAACCAAUAAAAAGAUUAAUAUAUUUUUUUAAUUAUUACGUUAUUAAGUAACAGAUGUAGUUAGAUGUAAUAAUACAAACAAAACAUUUGGUCAUAUUUAUAUGUACAUCUCCGAUGGUGGAAGCUGUGUGCUGAUCAUCGGUUUCAGUUGCAGAUAGCUAGCUGCCGGCUAUGUAGAUCUUCCAUUCUUCACUUUCACCACAUCCCGAGCGAAAGAGAAAGACAGAGAGCAUGGAAUUCAACGACCAGCACGAGGAACAAGAUGAGGAAAUGGAGAUGAGCCCGACGGCGCCAACACCACCCGGUUACGACGCUUCCAUGCCCAAAAUGGGGCCCACUAGCGGCGGCAGAGGAGGUGGAGGAGAGACCACAGCCAGAAAAAGGGGUCCCUCCAUCUCGACCGUCUCCACUAUCAGGUACAGAGAAUGCCAGAAGAACCACGCCGUUAAUAUCGGAGGCCAUGCCCUCGAUGGUUGCUGCGAGUUCCUUGCGGCCGGAGCGGAGGGCACGCUCGACGCCCUCAAAUGCGCCGCGUGCAACUGCCACCGCAAUUUCCACCGGAAGGAGCCUGCGGAAGGAGGUGGUGGGGCCAUUCUUCCCCACCAACACACCCAGCAGCCGUUCUCGGCUUACUACCGCCACCCUUAUCCGCCCACGCCAUCGGGUUACCUCCACCUGACCCCGGCGCAGCCGCAUAGGCCUCUGGCCUUGCCCGCGGCUGGAUCGGGCGGGUCCCACAGCAGGGAGGAAGGGGAUGACGUGUCGAACCCGAGUUCUAGCGGGGGCGGCGGGAGUGGAGUUGGGCUGUUGAAAAAGAGAUUUAGGACCAAGUUUACGGCGGAGCAGAAGGAGAAAAUGGUGGAGUUUGCUGAGAAGGUGGGGUGGCGGAUUCAGAAGCACGACGAGGCGGCGGUGGAGGAGUUCUGCGCCGAGACUGGGGUGAAACGACAGGUGCUCAAGGUUUGGAUGCACAACAACAAGCACACUAUCGGUAAGAAGCCCUAAUUAGGGUUCCUAAUUAGCAUCACCAUCAUCUUCAAAUCAAGUUUCAUUAGCUCAGAGAGAUGGAUCGAUGUUUGUAGUUUACUUAGCUUGCUUGUUAGAUUAUCUUCAGUCAUUAAUUAAUGCAAGGUAACUAAUUAGCAAGAACUAAGAGAGAAGCCAUUGUAAUCUCUGCUGUGAAUUAAUAAUUUUCAGGUAGUUCUAUUAAUCAUAGUUUAACUAGCUAGCUUAGCUUAGCUAGGGUUUCUAAAUAUUUGUGAAAUUUCAAUUUCAUUUUAGUUUCUUCUUCGGUAUAAUU